UCUCACGAUGCUAUUACUGCUGCUGGCAACUAAUGUCGCCCUCUGCGGGGCAGACAUUUCAGUCACUGUGGGCAACCACUGGAACGGAGGUUUCCAAGCCAAGACAUGCAUCCCCAUAACAAAAGAGCUUCACUCGUGGAAGGUGCACCUGAACUUUGAUAAAGAAGUUUCCAAUCUAAAUUGCGGCACAGCUGACGUUCAAAAGAAGACUGGAAUGGAAUUCAUUUUAUCGAACAAACAAUGGAACGCUGAUGAGCACGUGGGUGAUCAGCUGUGUCUGGACUUCACGGGGUCGACCAGUGGAGAUACAACUCCCAAGAUUACCGUGACGGUAGAAGGCAUGACUGGCAGUGGGUCUAGUGGGUCCACAGGCGGUACCUCUACUGGCGGCAGUAACAAUCAUAACUCCGGCCAUCCAGAUCCCACCGUCAAGAUUCCAACAUCAACUAAAGUCACUCACAAUGGUAUCGGGGGCGGAGAGGUUGCCACAACUAACACCAUGAAGGUCUUCAACGACUGGGGCAACAGGUUUGAGGCCCAGUUCGAGUUCCCGGUCACUGAGCAAAUUGAAGGAUGGAAAGUGGACAUUCAUUGGUCUACUGCAGUUGACAAGAUGGACGUGUCAGGUGCUGUCAUAGGGCAUAAAUCAGCUGAUGGCAAGUCGUGGACCCUGAUCAACAGACAAGACAAGGUCUUCUUUACCAAAGGCAGCACCCUCCAGCUGCGGUUCUUCGCUAACCACGCCGGCACUAAGACUCCUACUGCCACUGCCACUCUGACUAACCUGGGACACGACGAUGGAAACUACCCAGCUAUCAAGAACACUGGAGGCACCAAAUACAACUAUGAUGAAGUUUUGUUCUUGUCCAUCCUGUUCUACGAGGCUCAGAGAUCCGGGAAACUCCCACCAUCCAACAGGAUCUCCUGGAGAGGAGACUCCGCCCUGGGGGACAAGGGGGAUAAGGGGGAGGACCUCACUGGAGGGUGGUAUGACGCCGGAGAUCAUGUCAAGUUCAACUUUCCCAUGGCCUUCUCGACCACCAUCCUGACCUGGAGCCUGCUGCAGUGGAAGGACGCCUACCAGAAGUCCGGUCAGCUGGACUACAUGUACGACUGUAUCAAGUGGCCGCUCGACUACCUCCUGAAGUGCCACACGGGGAAAAAUGAGUUGUAUGUGCAGGUCGGUAACGGAGACGCUGAUCACAACUACUGGGGAAGACCCGAAGAUAUGACGAUGGCCAGACCCGCUUAUAAAAUAACCGCAAGCAGUCCCGGAAGUGACGUAGCUGGACAAACUGCUGCUGCGAUGGCUGCUGGCUCAAUGGCUUUCGAGGACAAAGGUAAUUUAAUGUCUUUUUCUAUCCCCGCCUACUCCACGAAGCUCCUCGCUCAUGCCAAGGAACUAUAUGACUUUGCGAUGCAGCACCAAGGUCGCUACAGUCAGAGUGUCAGUGCUGCCGCCAAGUUCUACCCGUCCACGAACACUACGGACGAGCUCGCCUGGGCCGGACUAUGGCUGUAUCAGGCGACUGGAGAUUCUAAAUAUCUGACAGAGGCCGAGAAAUAUCACCAACCUGGCGAGGCGUGGGGCAUGAGUUGGGACGACAACCAGGCGGCCAACAAUGUUCUGUUUUACAAGUUCACCAAGAACGACAAGUACAAGCAGGACAUGAUAGACACAUUCGAGCAUUACUGGUUCCCCAACCAAGUCAUCAGAUACACGCCCAAAGGUCUGGCGUGGAGGCUGCAGUGGGGAUCGCUCAGAUAUGCGUCCAACAUGGCACUGGUCGCUCUGAUGGCGGCGGAAGAAGGACUCAGUCCUGCCAAGUAUCGGGAGUGGGCCAUGAAACAGAUCCACUAUGCUCUCGGAGACACGGGCUUCAGCUACGUCAUCGGUUUUGGGAAGAGCUUCCCCCAUAGUCCUCACCAUAGGUCUAGCUCCUGUCCCUGGUCCCCGUCAUCUUGUGGACCCCAGGUGAUGUCCAGCCACGCCCCUAAUGUCCACACCCUGUACGGAGCUUUGGUAGGAGGGCCCGAUGACAGUGACGGCUACAAGGACGACCGAUCCAACUACGUCAACAACGAGGUGGCCUGUGACUACAACGCCGGCUUCCAAGCAGCUGUGGCAGGUCUCCGUUCUCUAGCCAACAGAAAUCUGCAUCCAGAACAGAAACAGUGAUGCAUGUAUUAAUCAAUAUGGAAUAAACAAAAGAAAGGAAAA